CAGUGUUGAGCCUACGUCAUUCCCAUGGAGAUUCCUCCUUGUCCGUCGACAUCCUCGAUCAAGGAUGGAGUGUCGCCCAGGUCACAGACGUGGACAUACGCCAAGAUCUUAGCGUACGCCGUGGGCCAUGUCCUGAACGACAUGUGUGCGUCGUCGUGGUUCUCGUACCUGCUCGUAUUUCUCAACGCGGUGGCCGGCCUGUCGCCCGUGGACAGCGCGCUCGUCAUGUUCUCCGGUCAGAUCGCCGACGGCCUCGCGACGCCGCUGGUGGGCGUGCUCUCGGACAAGUCGACGGGGUUUCCAUCUAUCGGGUUUGGCCGUCGCAAGACGUGGCUCACCGGCGGGUCCGUCCUCGUCGUCGUGUGUUUCUACGGCGUAUUCGGGACGUGUGUGCCGCAGCUAUUUGACGCGUCGCCGUCCCGACUCACGCUGGUCGUGUACUACUGCGUCAGCGCGAGUCUCUUCAACGUCGGGUGGGCCGCCGUCCAAGUGUCGCACAUGGCCAUGGUGCCUGAACUCACGACCAACGACAACGUUCGAUGUGUGCUCAACAGCACGCGGUAUGCGUUUACGAUCCUCUCCAACGUGCUCGUGUUUGUCGUGUUUCUGUUCUUGCUCCAUGACGUGGCGCCACUAGAAGUCCCCGACGCGUACAAGUUUACCCUGCUCACGACCGUGUCGCUGGUGGUGGGUGGCAUCUGCACCGCUUGGUUCCUCCUCGGAACGGACGAAGUCGUCAAGAAGGUCACAACGCCGCCAUCUUCCGUCGGCCGUCGACGGGGCUCCAGUCCGUCGGCCGCAGAAGCCAUGAACCGCGGCCCCAACGCGCUCUCGUUCGAAGCCGACCUGCCGAUCGUGCCGUUGGACACGACGGCGCUGACGUGGUCCGACUGGUUCCACGUCGGCAUGUUCUACGAAGUGGGCAUGGUGUACAUGUGCACGCGGCUCACGGUCAACGUCACGCAGGUGUACAUCCCGUUCCUGCUCACUGUCACAUUGCACAUGACGGCCACGUCCAUCGCGAUCGUGCCGCUGCUCGUCUACGUGUCGGGCUUCCUCGCCACGUUUCUGCUGCGGUGGAUGAACGAAAAGAUGGGUCGGGAAGGCACGUUCGCGGCGGGGGCGGCGCUCGUGUCAGUGUCGCUGGGCCUCACGUGGCUGCUCACGCCAGAAACCAGCGGGUGGAUCUACCUCUUGUCGGUGCUGCUCGGACUCGGCAACUCGAUCGUCAUGGUCACGUCCGUGUGUCUCGAAGGCGAUCUCGUCGGCGACAGCUGCGAAAGCGGCGCGUUCGUGUACGGCGCCAUGAGUUUCACUGACAAAAUCUCCAACGGCAUCGCGGUGCUGUGGAUCCAGAACCAACGAGAAGCCAUUCAAGUGCAGUUUCCGUCGUCCACGGCGGAAGACGGCGAGUUUGUGCGACUCGCGUACUGCGUCGUACCCGCUGUCAGUGCCAUCUUGGGCGCCAUCACGCUGUACUACAUGAAGCACGGCAGCAAGACGUUGGUUGAGCUGACGUCGUCGGCAUCCGAGUCGGCCUUGCGUGUGAGCCCCACCACUGAAAAGACCGCGUUGAAAUUGCAAACUGAUACAGUGUAUGAGGCCGCCUAGAUCGACACGUAAUAGAGAUAGGAAGUACUUGUAGUAGAACCAACAGCACAGGAACCAGUAACGUGAAUGGAAAAUGCACACAAUUAUAGAUAUA